AUGGCUUCUCUAAUGAACGACACAGAAUCCAACAACAUGGGAAGAACAAUUUCACCUGCAACGAUCAUCACUUCAACCGAAAACAGUAGGAAAUCUGAUGAUUCGGGUACGGAUGAAGUCGCAAGUACGCCUUCCGAUACGAUUACUUCUCCAGAAGACAAGAGCAAAGCUAUCAGCAUGGAAAUUGGGACAAUCAAACCUUCGCUCGCUCCAUCACCAAUAGAUACAUCAUUUACUCCUCCCACAGGCCAUUUCGAUGUUGGAGAUAUUAUUCCCUACAACAAGAAAUGGAUGACUCUAAAAAAUGAUGGACAAUGGCAUCAAACUGAAGGACCGGAUAAAUUUGAGAUAAAGUUUUGCGGAUAUGAAGAUGCGGAUUUUUUUAGAUCCAAUGAGAAUUGGCAUGGAUACAGAAAGCAACUCGAAGUUUUUGAGUGCUUCACUGGUUAUCAACGUCACGAAGAAAAAUUAGAUGUCGAGUUUGAGGAAUAUAAAAUCCAGCAUGAAAAUGAGAAGAUUCUCGAAGGAUUUUCAAAGACGAUGAAGGAAGGGAAAGUAAUUCAGUAUGAAGAUGAGGUAAAACUCAAGAGAUUAUUCGAUGAAUAUUUAGCAAUGACAAAGACAGGAACAUCUAUCCAGCAUGAAGAUGUGAGAAUUCUCAAAGAUCUUUUGGAGAAGAUGAAGAAAAUCAAGGUAAAGCCGACAAAUGUAGUUUGUUUUGCCCUGGGAUCUUUUGAGGGAUGUGGAGAGGCAACAGCAUCAUUUGAACAAUUAGCAGUGCUCAUGAAGUUUAUGGAACUUCUAGAAAUUCCGUCUACCGCUAGAAAAGUUAUGCAAGAUCCUGACUUCUCACCUGGAGAUAAAAGAUUUCUUGCCCGCUUGGGAUUUGAAGUUGUAAAUGAUCCUGAAGGAUUUGAAGCUGUAAAUGAGGAAUCUUUUGUCUUUCAAGUUGGUGGAUAUAAUUGUAUAAAUCAACGAAUGAUGGAUGGUCCUUGGCCUGCCAUAUUUAUUGGUGGAAGCAGUGCGAUGAUCUUAGAAAAUUGGAGCAAGAUUAUGCAGGGAAUUAAGAAUUGGCGUCGUGGUGAAGGAAGACCUCCAAUGAAUGAUUGGUGGGAUGGGAAGAAGAAAUUUGUGGCAAUCAGAAAAACUUAUGAUUAUGAGGAUAUUCCUGCGCUUAGUAGUAUAGGUACUGGCAUGAGGGAUACUCGAUUAUUCUGGAGAAAGGAAGUAGAGGGAGGAAUGUUUCAAUGGCUUAUAGAUGUUUGGAGAUUUGUGAGAUCACUUUUUUCUGAAAGAGAUCCUAAUCGAUAUUUUGAUGCUUCUGAGUUUGAAUAAUUCAUAGAGGUAUAUUGGUGGUCUUUGAAUAAAAGAUCAGGAAGGUACAUCACUGUACGUGUGGUUGGGA